GUUCCAUCAGGCAGGGCCAGGAGCCCGGUUGGGUAGCCCAGGAGGCGUCUCCGGCAGCAGCCUCCGCCCAGCCACCUGGCUGCUGCUGUAGCGGCCGCAACGACACCCCCUUUGUCACCAUUCCCCGGGAAACCGGCGCCUUGUACUUUGGGCCGCGAGCGGCAGCCGGUCAGCGAGCAGCAGGGGCAGCCGCCUGCCCCAGACAAACACAAGGGCUCCCUCCUGCUGCUGCUGCUGCUGCUGCUGGGGACACGUCAUGGUGAAUAAAUACAUAAAUAAAUAAAUAAAUCCACUCACCCAGUGGCAGCGAGAGGAGCCGGCGGCGGGAUUAGAUCCAGCCCACCGAGCCCAAGCUAGAGACCAGCCUAGCUUGAAAACAAAGCCUGACAAUGCCGCCAGCAACAACAGCACCACAAUACGCACCCCCAGAUGGAGGAUGGGGCUGGGUUGUGGUCUUUGGGGCUUUUAUCUCCAUUGGAUUUUCCUAUGCAUUCCCAAAAGCCAUCACAGUGUUCUUCAAGGAAAUUCAGGAGAUCUUCCACACAUCAUAUAGUGAGAUAGCUUGGAUAUCAUCGAUUAUGUUGGCUGUUAUGUAUGCAGGAGGUCCCAUAAGCAGUGUCUUGGUGAACAAAUAUGGUUGCCGGCCAGUGAUGAUGGCAGGAGGUGUAUUGUGUUCAUUUGGAAUGAUUGCUUCCUCUUUCUGCAAUAGUGUCCUGGAGCUUUACGUAUGUGUAGGAAUUGUUGGAGGUCUUGGCUUAGCCUUCAACUUGCAGCCUGCCUUGACUAUGAUUGGCAAGUAUUUCUAUAAGAAACGUCCCAUUGCUAAUGGACUGGCCAUGGCUGGAAGUCCAGUGUUUCUAAGCACACUGGCACCUCUCAAUCAAUUUCUCUUUAAUGCAUUUGGAUGGAAAGGAAGCUUUCUCAUUCUGGGAGGACUUCUUUUGAACUGCUGUGUGGCUGGGUCACUUAUGAGACCUGUUGGACCAAAACCAGUCCCUCCUGUGAAAAAAGAUGUUGAGAAGGGAUCAGGAGAUUCAGCCUUACACAUGAAUAACAAGAAGUCGUCAUUCUGGCAAACCGUGAAUAAAUACUUAGAUCUAUCCCUCUUUAAACACAGAGGGUUUCUGGUUUAUUUGUCAGGAAAUGUUAUUAUGUUUGUUGGCUUCUUUGCCCCAAUAGUAUUCUUGGCUCCUUAUGCCAAACACAAGGGAAUUGAUGAAUAUUCUGCUGCUUUUUUGCUGUCUAUUCUAGCUUUUGUAGACAUGUUUGCUAGGCCUUCAAUGGGACUUGUAGCAAACUCCAAAUACAUCCGGCCAAAAAUCCAGUACUUCUUUAGUUUUGCUGUCUUGUACAAUGGCAUCUGUCAUAUCAUGUGCCCACUGGCCGAGGACUACACAGGCCUGGUGGUAUAUGCUGUACUUUUUGGGUUUGCUUUUGGAAUGGUUAGCAGUAUCCUUUUUGAGUCAUUGAUGGAUCUCGUUGGUGCUGCCAGAUUUUCCAGUGCUGUGGGACUUGUCACAAUUGUGGAGUGCUGCCCUGUUCUCCUAGGCCCCCCUCUAGGAGGUUGGUUAGUGGAUAUAACUGGAGACUAUAAAUACAUGUACAUUGUCUGUGGAUCAAUUGUAAUUGUGGCAAGUAUUUGGUUGUUCAUUGGCAAUGCCAUCAACUACAGGCUUUUGGCAAAAGAGAAGAAUUUAGAAGAUAAAAAACAGAAAGCACUAAAGAAGGAAGCAGAACCUUUGACCAACAGUGAGAAUGAGGAGGCUGCCAACAGGGCUGACAAAGUACUCAAUGAUUCUUCGGAAAGGGAAACUAAUAUUUAAUAUGAAAUAUGGCUCAGACAUCGAUGUUUUUGACUUCCAUUACAAGUAUUUUGUCAAGAUACAGGCCAGGUUUUGUAAUAAUAAUGAUCAGUCACAAUAUUGGAUGAGAACAGAAAUUUGCCAAAGCCAAGAUUCCAGACAAAUUACCACUGACUGUUUGUUUGUUUGUUUGUUUAUUUUGGUGAUAGGAAUUUUAGGUUUCAGAGAUAGUGACUCCAUGCACAUGAGUCCAUUCCAACUAUGACUAUAGACAGUAUGAGUCAGGUAGAGUUAAACUUUAAGGUCCUCCAUGACAAAUUUUCUUGUUCCAAAAUAACUUCUAACGCAACAGUAUCUGUUUAGUCUUGUUACAGAAGCCAUCUGUCUUAACCCUCUUGACUGCCAGUGCUUGUUGACUUCUCCCCACCACCAUAUUUUGGCCUCUAGUAUUAAAGAAGGAUAUCAGAUUAUGGGUUAAGAUCUGAAAAGGAAGACAAAAUACUGAAAUGUCCUGAGUAAAGUGCAUAAGAAACUGCCUGCCCUUUUAUAAUGUAUGCCCACUACAUCAAAAGGAUGUAUUUAUACAUAUAACUACAAUGGGGAUGUAAAAGAUAAGGUUAGAAGAGAAAAAAGGUAAAAUUUUUUAUUGCUAAAAUGCAAUAAAUGUUUCAAUAUAAUAAAUACAAGUGUUUGUUUCAUCCAGUGAUAGCUAGCCACAUCUUUAAACAUUUACUUUUGAACUGUGAGAACACUCAGGCAGCAUUAAUCCAAAUUAGCUUAAAAAGCUGUUUGUAUUAAAAAAAAAUAAAGAUGAACAUGUCAGUGGUACAUAGCUUGUAAGGGUAGCUACCAUAUCAUUCAUCAGAUACACAGACCAAAAUUAACAAGAAGGACUAACUGGUUCAGGGGAUUGGAAUGGUUCAGCCUUUUAUCUCUAGUGACCUAAUCCAAUACCCAGCGAAGUCAAAGUGAGUCUUUCCAUUAACUUCAGUGGGCUUUGGAUCAAUCAGUCCUUUGGCAAUUAGUUCAAAUCAGAGCCAUAUGUUUAUUCACAGAAGGUAAUUAUCCUUUGAUAGCCUAUGUGAAAGGAAUUUUAAGAUUUAACCUCGGGUCCUUGUUCACAGGUAACCUCAUUACAAUUCCCAUCUACCCACCCAACACAUUAAGCGUAAACUAACUCCUUUGUUGACUGUAUGAGCAGAACAGCCAAGAACUGAGCCCUCUGUAAAACAGUUGAGAUAUGUUGGGAGUGCAGGGUGAGAAACCUGGCAUUGCCACUGCCUGUGGUACACUUUUUUUUUUACUGGAUUUUGGUCUUGUACCUACAGUAUUUCAUAAAUACUCAUUCAAUUUCAACUGAAAACAUUACAGGUUGUUUUCUUAAAGGAGGACAAAAAUACAAGCAAAUACUAAACAGUAUCUGCCUAUGAUUACUUUUGAAAGCUAAUGCUAAAAGCUAAUUCCAGGCUUGCAGAAGUUUCAAAAUGAUGGUGUGUUAAAUGAAAAUAUUUCUGUUUUAUUUAGGUAAGAGAAGGUGCUAUUCAUAAAUGUUGAA